GGAGGGAGUGACCACCACGGGUGAUUCCCAGCAGAACCCCCCCUUUAAAAAGAAAGACACUAUGCUGCAUCAAGGAAUCCCGCGCACGUAGAUGUCAGACUCCUGGUAACUGUGCAGUGUGACUGCUACCGCUAUUACUUUCCCAUAACAGCAACUGUUGUGUUGUCUUAACAAAAUAAGGGGCUGUUAACCAUGGCGUUCAGCAGGUCGCAGUUAUCAUCUCCCGCAAGUAAAACGAACUCGGUGUUUGAACGUGUGGAUACUGCAAGGAAGCUGGAGCGAGGCAGCUCGCGGGGUCCAGGAUCGCUGGUAGUGAGAGGCUCUGCACCGGGCAACAGCAGCGUCUCGCCUCCGCGUAGCCGUCCCUUGGAGGGGGUCUUGAACAAAUACACCAACUUGCUACAAGGCUGGCAGAACAGGUACUUUGUCUUGGACGCUGACCAGACCCAGCUCCACUACUUUGUGAACGAGCACAGUAAAGGCGGGAAACCCAGAGGCUCCGUGGCUCUGACCGGGGCGUUCGUGGUGCCCCAUGACGAACUCCCACACAUGUUCUGCAUCUACGCCAGCAAUGGAGACAUCUUCAAACUCAGAGCAUCUGAUGCCAAUGAACAGCAGCUGUGGAUGAACCAGCUGCAGCUCUGCACUCGGCGGACCUCCGACGCCAGCGCCAAGGUACCAUACUUUGCUUCUCUGCUGGUGGGGGGUGCCGUGAGGUUAAAGAUGCCCUUACGCGUGGCAGUGGAGCAGGGUGCAGGCGGAGGGGUUGCUGUCAACACCACCACCAACGCCAAUGCCAACGUCAACGCCAAUGCUUUCGCCAGCGCAGAGAAGCGUGGGACCGGGUGUGGCAGCUGCCCUCCGUCUGACUCCUCCUGCUGCUCCUGUCUCUUCCAGGGCAUCAGCGCCUCCUCCUCCACCUGCUCUGCCGCCUCCUCAGGCCAGGGGGCGCACAAGUCCUCCUCCCAGCUCCCCCACCCUCCUCCUCCUCCUCCUCCUCCUCCGGCAGCAGCAGCCUCAGCAUCAGCACCACCUGCUCCUCCUCAUCCUCCUCUUCCUCCAGCUUCCUCCAUCAUCAUCUCCACCACCACCACCACCUCCAUCUCCACCAUCACCACCACCGCUGCCUCCUCCUCUCCAUGCUGUGGCCGACAGAAGGCACUCCUCUCUGGGGUGCAGGCCUCCAUCUUCUCCUUUGCCUGCCACCACAAGUGCCCCACCUCCACCUCCAACUUCACCGCCUGCGUCUGGGGGGCCAAGGAUCAGCACCUCGGCCCUGGACAGCUCCAGGAGGUCAAAGAGGUGAUGUCCCAGGCGGAGGAGCAGCAUAAGCACCUGGUCCACAACAUCGAGUCUCUGCCGAGCCGCGGGCCCAUGUCCUCCCUGGACCAGGACUUCCUGCUGCUGAAGGCCACGUCGGCCGCCACCCUCAGCUGCCUGGGGGAGUGCCUCAACAUCCUGCAGCACAACGUGUCCCAGGCCGCCCAGCACCUCUCCCCCAGCCACCACACAAACCACAAUCACAACCAGAACCAGCACCUCAACCAGAAUCAGAACCAGAACCAGGGUCUGCCCACAGAUGGUGUGUCGGGGCCUACGAAGGCCAAGCCCGCCCCUACCCCCAUCACCGCCCCCACCCCCAUCACCACCCCCACCCACAUGAGAAGAGGAAGCAGCAACACGGGCCUCUCGUCCCCUGGCAGGACGCGUCUCCACUCCCCAUCCCUCAAGAACAAGGAGCACCUGCUGAACACAGAGCAGCUCUCUCUCUCUCUCUCUCUCCUGCUCUCUCGCUCUCACUCUCUCUGGAUGGUGAGAAUGAAGUCCAGCUGGAGUAAGAACAAGUCGCCAGCCUCCACCUUGAGUGGGAACGCCAGCCAGCAGCAGCCCCAGCAGCAGCAGCAGCAGCAGCAGCAGCGUCACCCCAGUCCUGAGGCGGUGGACCCCAGCGAGGAGACCACGGACACGGAGGACAAUGAGGAGGAGGACCUGGGGGUCCUGGACGACCAGCGCAGCAUCAUACUACACCUGCUGUCACAGCUCAAACUGGGCAUGGACCUCACCAGGGUGGUGCUGCCCACCUUCAUCCUGGAGAAGCGCUCCCUGCUGGAGAUGUACGCUAACUUCAUGGCGCACCCGGACCUCUUCCUGGCCAUCGGCGCCGGCACCUCACCGGAGGACCGCAUGGUGCGCUUCGUGGAGUACUACCUGACGUCCUUCCACGAGGGCCGCAAGGGCGCGGUGGCCAAGAAGCCCUACAACCCCGUGCUGGGCGAGAGCUUCCGUUGCACCUGGGACGUACCCCGGGACAGGGUACGCCCCCUGAGGACCAACAGCGCCAACGCCCCUGGGGGGGGUGGCGGAGGCGUAGGAGGCGGAGGGGGCUCGGCCCAGAAUGCGGCCUCUGGGCUAGGGGGGGAGGGGGGGCGAGCAGGUGGUGGGGGAGGAGGCGGAGGCGACCAGGGAGGAGCUGGGGACCGGCUGAGGCUGCAGUUUGUGGCAGAGCAGGUGUCACACCACCCGCCCGUGUCGGGCUUCUACUGCGAGUGCAAGGAGAAGAGGAUGUGCGUCAACGCCCACGUGUGGACCAAGAGCAAGUUCAUGGGCAUGUCCAUAGGAGUGUCCAUGGUCGGAGAAGGGGCUCUGCACCUGUUGGAGCAUGAUGAGGUGUAUGUGUUCACGUUGCCGUCUGCGUACGCGCGCUCCAUCCUGACGGUGCCGUGGGUGGAGCUGGGGGGCAAGGUCUCCAUCUCCUGCGCCAAGACCGGAUACUCGGCCGCCGUCAACUUCCACACCAAGCCCUUCUACGGAGGCAAAGUGCACAGAGUGACAGCGGAGGUGAAGCAGAACUCCACGGGAACCAUCGUCUGCAAGGCGCAAGGGGAGUGGAACGGAACGCUGGAGUUCACCUAUAGCAGCGGAGAGACCAAAGUGAUUGACACAUGCAAGCUGCCAGUUAUCAGGAAGAAGAUCCGGCCCAUGGACAAGCAAGGGCCGUUUGAGUCCAGGCGUCUGUGGCAGCACGUGACGACGGCACUGAAGUCGGGCAACAUGGAGGUAGCAACGGAACACAAGCACCAGCUGGAGGAGAGACAACGCAGCGAGGAGAGACAGCGAGCCGCCACCAACACACCCUGGAAACCAAAACACUUCACGAAAGAGGGCGACGGCUGGGUGUAUCACAACCCGCUGUGGAAGACUCACUGACAAGACUCCACAAGCAAGACGCCAAACUCCAGCUGUCAAUCACACAGCCCAGCCCACAGAAGGGGGUGUGGCUACACAGAGGGAGGGCUGGCCAGUCGGAGUGGAGGAUGCAGCAAAGGGGGGGCGGGACUAAGAUGAGACCAGAACGAGAUGAUUGGACAUCACAGAUAUGUGGAUGAUGAUGAUGAUGAUGAUGACGAGGAUGAUGAUGAUGAUGAUAAUGAUGAUGAUGAUGAGGAAGUGCAAUACUGUAGGGCCAAACAAGUCUCCAGUAAAACCAAACCCACGCUGUGUAGCUCCCAAAGUGACCUGUGCCAAACACGUAGCCUGACCCAACACGUGAGCAGAACGCUCACAGGACAUUUUUUUCCCCCAGUGAGUUUUUACCCGCCUGGAAUAUUUCAACAGUGGACAUUAAAAGUGAGAAGAGGACACCUAACCUUUUGGCAGCCAAUUUUAGGAAUACUUUCUUGAUUUUAUUUGUUAGUUUGUUUGUUUUCAUGGCAGUUAAAGAACCCAUUUUGUUUCUACACCAGGUAUUUGAUUGAAGGUGCAGCGGCCAUCUUGUGUGAAGGCCUUCUAGUAAAGUACACGUACAGUACCUUUGGGCAGCACAAUGUUGUUAUCAGACACUCUCUUUGAACACACACGCACACACACACACACACAGAAGUUAUCCUGGGCUUUUGGGUAGUGUGUUUGUUUGUGUGCCAAUGCGUGCAUUGCUGUGUGCCUCUGUGUGUGUGCAUGCCUGUGUGUGUGUGCGUGUGCCCGUGUGUGUGUGUGUGUGGGGGGGGGGUGCAUGGGUGUGUGCCUGUGUGCGUGUGUGUGUGUGUGUGUGUGUGUGUGUGUGUGUGUGUGUGUGUGUGGCAUACUCAGUGGUACGGUACAUGCUGCUCCUCAGCUUCACCCAUGCUGCCCACGCCCAUUCUCAUUAGGUGCAGAUGAUCUCUCUCGGCAUUCCCACCAUCCGCACACACAGCUAAUUAAUUAGCACCGCAUCCAGAUGUUUGGCCUGCUAGCGGAUGCUGCUUUUGCUACAGGCAACACUGCUGACAGCUUGGGCUGAGGCCAGGACAGAGUCAUCUGAAAGGACCCCCCCCUCCCCAAUAUAUGCUGUACAAUCAGGGCUCUACAUUAUUUUUUUUCCAUCACCAGCCAAAAUGACUUGUAGAUGUGGGUCAGAGUGGCUAGUAAGAUGGUAUUUUCUACCAGACAAACUGAAAUUUCACCUGUAUUUGGCUGGUGCGCUGGUGUUAAUUUAGAGCCCUGUAUACCAGUGGUUCUCAACUGGAACAGUCUUGGGACCCACCAUUUUCCACUCUCAUUCGGUCGCGACCCAAUUUUUUUAGCAUUCAAGUCAAUUCAAUGCAAUUCUCAAAAUGUAACCAAGACUCGAAUGACUGGUUGCACGCUAUCUAUCUCGCAUAAACAUUCAGAUUGUAUCUAUGACAACAGAUGACAAAAGUUGUAAAUUGUUGCAGGAAAAGUUGGAUUUUUUUUUUCAGAAUUACAUUUUUUUUUACACCAAGGCUCCGCGACCCACCCAUGACCCCUCUGCCACCCACUUUUAGGUCGUGACCCACCAGUUGAGAAACACUGCUGUAUACAAUGUACUGAAGACCCCAUUCUGGGCCUCCUCUCCUCUCACUCCUGGGCCCAGGACAACUGACCCCUUUUGUCCCUUCCUGCCAGCUGCCCUGGCUAUAGCAGGAAGCUUCAGCGGUGCCCCGGGGGCUGGAGGGCACAUGACGCCACACUGCCCGCCCAGCCAAACGCACUCUGAUUAGCACGGAACAAUUACAUCACAUGCCUCACAUGGACCUGGGGUCCGUUUCUCGAAACCGUCUUUGCUAUCGUCGUUAACAAAGUCCUUCGUACGAGCGACUUAACUCUCUCUCUCGACAGCGACGCUCACCACUAAAUCCAAGGGAACGGUAAGCAACGACAAUAAUCGAGAAACGGACCUCUGGAAUGAAGGGAAGCAGUGCACAAACAAACAAACAAACCGCCAAAUUAAAUCCGAAAAAAGUUGAAACACCACAAGAGAAUGACCCAGUUUUCAGUGCGUCUUUGAACAGUAACUUUCAGAACAAAAUGCAAUGAAAUGCAGUGUUUCUCUGUGUUUGUCGCUGACCACCCCCUCCCUGAAGGUGAAUUCCCGUACUAAAGAAAAUAUGGAGAAAAGCUGUUAUGGGGGGGGGGGGAGAGAAAGAAAAGGAAGGGUUUACUUGAAAGCUAGACUGAAACCCUGUGCCAGCACCACAAAACAUGCAGUAUUGUAAAAAAAACACAGUCAUGUGAAGGAGCAGGACUCAGUCAAGCAAAACUCAAUUUGCCCUCUGCUAAUCCCUCUAACAGGCAGCUCUAUGCGGAUCAUUAGGCUACUAUACACUCUAAAACAUUGCAAACCAGUUAAACGUAAAAAAAGUAAGUUGCCCUGCUGCCUUAAGUUUGUAAGUUAACUCAAUUCAAGACUUAACUCAACUCAAGGCUUUCUCAAGUUGAGUUAACUUACAAAACUAAAGGCAGCAGGGCAACUUACUUGUUUACGUUAAACUGGCCGCAAUGUUUUACAGUGUACCUCCAUGCUGGGACAACACUAUUGCAGUUAGAGGAGGGCAAUCCAGGGGGGCAGCACUGGAGUAGCCUACAGUAUGAGUAGACAAUAAGGGCACAUCCAAUGCCAGUAUCUACAGUAGUGUUUCUCAACGGGGGCGGUACAGCCCCCCAGGGGGCGUUUGAGAGUUCUAGGGGGGCAUUGACAAGUAUGCAGCUGAGAGGGGGCGGUGCUUAGUUGUCAUUGGGGGCAUUAGUCCAUUAUUUUUUUUAAUACUACGGGGGGGCGUUGUCAGUCUUAUGAUGAUGUCAAGGGGGCGUUGGGAGACUUGUGAUGAGAUCGAGGGGGCAUUUCUUCUUCAAAAAAAGGUUGAAAACCACUGAUCUACAGUAUCUACGUACGUAUUGACGAACACUAUUGGAGCUAGAUGAGUACAAUUCAGGAGGCCCAGAAGAGAUGGAAGUGGAUAGUCAUGGCAAGACACACUCAAUGCUAGUAUCUGUUUUUUGAACACUAUUUGUCCCAUUUUGUCCUUGCCAGUGGUCAUAUGGUAGUACUCAUCCACAGAGUUGUAUAAAGUAGAAUUAAAAGUAAAUACUUUCACAAACCUAAUUACAACACUAGUAGUAUGAUAUUACUAAAGCCUGAUUUGCACGGGAUAAAUAUUACCUAUGGACCCAUGGUAAUUCGCAAUUACCCCUGGACCUCCGUGAUUUUUCGGGGCGCAUUCGGACGGGAUAAAUAAACGUCUGUUAUUUAGUCAAUUCACAGACAUUACAAGGGAGUUCAGACGGCGCGCCUAUGUAAAAUUACCCCAGGACGUCUGAGAUUCGCCGAAAAACAGUAGGUCAUUCGCGGCGGAAUUAUUACCUCACAAAUCGCAGGCAUGGCACAUUCGCACAGGACUAAGAACUCAGACAUUCUCUGUAAUUAUUCCGAAUUACCGGGGGUCCAUAGGUAAUAAAAGUUCCGUCCGAAUCGGGCUAAAGUUGAAACCAUGUAAUACCAUAUCACUAGAGUUGUAAUUACAUCUGUA